AUGAGUGUUGGGUCCAUCACUUCGAACCAGAGACCAAGAAACAGUCCAUGCAGUGGAAACACCCGGUGUCACCUCCUCCGAAGAAGCGAGGGUGCGGAACCAAAACACAAGGCUUAUUUCGGCCAGGGAAACAACUCCGUACACCUGGACGACGUCGAGUGUUACGGUGCGGAGGAGUCCCUUGUGCAGUGUAACCACGCGGGCUGGCAACACCAUGACUGUGAACACGACGAGGACGCUGGGGUGUUGUGCCUGCCAGAGGUGGAUCAAGGGGCCAAAGUUCGUCUGCUGAACAAAGGCAACUACUCUGGAAGAGUGGAGAUCAAAUACAAUGGAACGUGGGGUACAGUUUGCGAUGACUCAUGGGACACUAAAGAUGCCAAAGUCAUCUGCCGAAUGCUUAACUUACCAUACGAAGGCGCAGAAGCAAGAAGCCAGGCUCAUUUUGGUGAAGGUGUUGAUCUCAUCUAUCUAGACAACGUCGACUGCUAUGGCUGGGAAUCCACUAUUGCCAUGUGUGGCCAUUCUGGCUGGGGAACACACAACUGCAAACACAGAGAAGAUGCAGGCGUCAUUUGUGGUGAAACAUAG